UGUGUUCACUACCCAGAGGAUGACCAUGGGGACAACACAGACGCCCACAUGGGUGUUAAUAUGGAUGGCUCUGGCGAUUGGUUUAACUGCCUCUCAAAGUGAGGAUACAUCAAAGGCCACAGUUAACAUCAUCCCCUCAAUGUCAAGGAUACCUGAGAUUGCAGGAGUGAGUCCUAUACAUAAUGGCCAAGUCUGCAGUACGUGGGGUAACUACCACUUCAAGACCUUUGAUGGAGACAUCUUUCAACUUCCCUCCACCUGCAACUAUGUUGUGACCUCACUGUGCCAUAGCAGUUAUGAGGAUUUCAACAUCCAGAUGAGGCGGCAGGUGGUGGACAACCAGCCCACCAUUAGCAAGAUCACCAUGAAGCUAGAUGGCACAGUGGUGGAGCUAUCCAAGGGUUCCGUUGUUGUUAAUGGGAAUAAUGCCACCUUACCAUUCAGCCAGUCUGGUAUUCUCAUUGAAGAGACUCCCUCCUACAUCAAGAUCAAAGCAAAACUGGGAUUGGUAGCCAUAUGGAACCAGGAUGAUUCCUUCUUGGUGGAGAUGGACAUCAAAUUCAGAAAUAAGACCUGUGGUCUAUGUGGAGAUUUUAACGCAAUUCAGCAAUUUGAUGAGUUCUAUAGCCAUGGUAUGAAAUUGUCCGCUGUCGACUUCGGAAACUUCUGGAAAUUGGAUGGUCCCACUGAAAGCUGUACUGAAAACAUACUGCCUUCAAAUCAGAAAUGCCCCAAUCUGAAACCAGUUUGUGAGCAGUUGCUCUCCGGUCCUGCCUUCAGCAGUUGUAAGGACUUGUUGGCCAUCGACUCAUUUGUUGAGGCCUGUGUAUCUGACCUGUGCCACUGUGAUAACAGCACCAACUCCUUCUGCCUGUGCAACACCAUCUCAGAGUACUCCCGUCAGUGUGUUCAUGCAGGGGGGAAGCCCAAACAAUGGAGGACUGAACAGUUCUGCUAUAAGACAUGCCCCUUCAACAUGGAGUACCAGGAGUGUGGAAACCCCUGUGUUGACACCUGCUCCAACCCAGAGAGAGGCCAGCUGUGUGAGGAACACUGCUCAGAUGGCUGCUUUUGUCCUCCAGGAACCGUUUUUGAUGACGUCAACAAGAAUGGUUGUAUCGCCUUGAGUCAAUGCUCCUGCCGCCACAAUGGAAAAACAUACGCACCCGGAGAGUCUUAUUCAAGCACUUGUAAAGAUUGUUCUUGUGCUGGUGGUCAGUGGAAGUGUGUGGACAAGGACUGUCCUGGCACCUGUGCUGUGGAGGGAGGAUCCCACAUCAACACCUACGAUGGAAAAACCUACACCUUCCAUGGGGACUGCUCUUAUGUUCUGACCAAGGACUGUGAUGGGAUGCAAUUCACUGUACUGGGUGAUCUGGUGCAGUGUGGGCUUUCUGACAGUGAGACUUGUCUAAAGGCUGUUACCCUGUCCCUCUCAGAAGGAGCCACUGUGAUCAACAUACAACCAAAUGGAAAAGCCUUUGUAAAUGGAAUCUAUUCUCAGCUGCCCUUUUCUGCUGCUGGAGUAACUAUUUUCAGAGCCUCCUCAUUUUUCAUCAUUGUCCAGACCACCUUUGGCCUCCAGUUGGAAAUCCAACUCUCACCAAUCAUGCAGGUCUAUAUUGCUGCAAGCACCGUUUGGCAGCAGAGAACUUGCGGUCUUUGUGGAAACUUCAACAACAACCAAGGAGAUGAUUUCAAGGUCCUGAGCGGAGUGACUGAGGGCACAGCCAUUGGUUUUGCAAACACCUGGAAAACACGAGCCAGCUGCCCAGACGUCAAGAGUAGCUUUGAAAGCCCCUGCAGUUUAAGUCUUGACAAUGAGAAAUAUGCCCAGCACUGGUGCUCUCAGCUGGCUGAUCCUAAAGGGUUGUUUGCUAAAUGCCACACAGCAAUAAGCCCAGACAUGUACAAAGAAAACUGCAUGUAUGACAGCUGUAACUGUGAGAAGAGUGAGGACUGCAUGUGUGCUGCCGUCUCUUCUUAUGUCCACGCUUGUGCUGCCGAGGGUAUCCAACUCAGCGGCUGGAGAGACACUAUCUGCAACAAAUACUCCACCUCGUGCCCUAGCACCAUGGUCUACAGCUACAGCAUAAAAAACAGUGAUCGCUCCUGCCGCUGCUACAGCGACUCUGACUUUACCUGUUCAAUCACCUUCGAGCCUGUGGAUGGGUGUGUCUGUUCUGAGGGAACCUACUUGGAUGAUGAGGGCAAGUGUGUUCCACCAGCCAGCUGCCCUUGUUAUUACAAGGGCUCAGUGGUGUCCCCUGGAGAGGUCAUCAGCAAGGAUGGAACCAUGUGCACCUGCAAGGAGGGAAAACUCCGUUGCAUUGGAGAUUCACCCGAUCAGCCAUCAUGUGUUGCACCAAUGGUUUUCUUCAACUGUUCCAAUGCAAGCCCAGGAGUGAGAGGGUUAGAGUGUCAGAAGAGCUGCAACAUUCUGGAUAUGGCCUGUAUCAGCACAGAGUGCAUAUCAGGCUGUAUGUGUCCCUCUGGACUGGUAUCCGAUGGAAAAGAAGGCUGCAUCAAGCCAGACCUUUGUCCUUGUUCUCACAAUGGAGCUACUUACCAACCAGGAGACAGAAUCAAGGUCGACUGCAAUACUUGCACUUGUAAAGACAGAAAAUGGCAGUGCACAACUAACCUGUGCCUUGGAACCUGUGCCAUUUAUGGAGAUGGACACUACAUUACUUUUGAUGGGAAACGAUUCACUUUCGAAGGAGACUGUGAAUACACACUUACAAAGGACUACUGUGGUAGCAACAAUGCCAACGGCAGCUUCAGAGUCAUCACUGAGAACAUCCCUUGUGGAACGACAGGCACCACCUGCUCCAAGGCCAUUAAGCUCUUCCUGGGGAACAAUGAACUAAUUCUGACAGACGGGAACUACCAAGUCGUUGAGAGAAAUACAGGGGAGGCGGUUCCUUACCAGAUUCGUACAAUGGGCAUCUACCUUGUGAUUGAAGCCAAUAAUGGGUUGAUUCUCAUGUGGGACAGGAAAACAAGCAUGUUCAUCAAACUGAACCCACAGUUCAAGGGACAUGUCUGUGGUCUGUGUGGAAACUAUGAUGGCAAUGCAAACAAUGACUUCACUACCAGGAGCCAGGCAGUAGUUGUCAAUCCUCUAGACUUUGGAAACAGCUGGAAAGUCUCUGCAAGCUGCCCCGAUGCAAAGAACAAAAGGAGCCCCUGUACUGCCAACCCUUACAGGCAGUCUUGGUCACAGAAGCAGUGCAGCAUCAUACAGAGCAACGUUUUCACAGACUGCCAUUCUAAAGUGGACCCCUCUCCUUUCUACGAUGCUUGUGUGACAGACUCGUGUGCUUGCGACAGUGGUGGAGACUGUGAGUGUUUCUGUACUGCUGUGGCAGCUUAUGCAGAGGCCUGUAAUGAGGCUGGAGCCUGCAUAGCCUGGAGAAGCCCACAAAUCUGCCCACUGUUCUGUGAUUACUACAACCCCCCUGGAGAAUGUGAGUGGCACUACAAGGCAUGUGGAGCUCAGUGUAUGAAGACCUGCAGGAAUCCCUCCGGGAGCUGCUCAACUCAGAUACCACCUCUUGAAGGUUGCUAUCCAAAAUGUCCUCCUGCUCAACCCUUCUUUGAUGAAGAUAUAAUGAAGUGUGUGGAGAAGGAGCAGUGUGGCUGCUAUGGCAGAGAUGGAAAACACUACAAUAAUGGCGAAAAAGUACCGACCACAGAAAACUGCCAGACAUGCUAUUGUAAUUCUGUGACAGUGGACUGCAAAUACGAUGUACAAGCUUGCACUUGCACCUACAAUGGGAACAAAUACCCCAAUGGGCAUAUCAUCUAUCACACCACAAAUGGGCACGGCAGUUGUAUCACAGCCAUCUGUGGGAAGAAUGGAACCACUCAGAGGGACAUUUACCCAUGUUCAACUACAACUCCAACUUUAACUCCAUCUGUUCCUAACUCUACUCCAUCCUCUACAGUGACAACAACUGUCUUUACUUUCUCAACACCCACAACUGCGCCAACCACAACUUCAACAGAGACAACAGUGUCUCCAACAACCUUUACUACUACAUGUGGCUAUCCAUGUGUGUGGUCACAGUGGUUUGAUACCACAUUCCCUACACUUGGAACUCCAGGAGGAGACUCUGAAACCUACAACAACAUAAGAGCAGAGGGACACGAUAUAUGUGAGAAGCCAAGCAAGAUCCAAUGCAGAGCCGAGAAGUACCCAAAUGUUAGCAUAAGCCAAGUAGGCCAAGUGGUGCAGUGUAAUGUAGCAGAAGGGUUGACUUGCAGAAAUGAAGACCAGUCAGGCAAAUUUCCACUGUGCUUUAACUACCAAGUUCGAGUCCUCUGCUGUGAUGAAGAUCUUUGUACAUCUAAGCCUACAACCAUUUCACCAACAACUACAAGACCACCUGUUACAACAACAACUACAAACGCAACCACCUCCACUAUCUCAACAACCACGUUGAAUACAAAACCCCCUAACUGCACAGUUUGUGAGUGGUCACCUUGGUAUAAUGUGGAUUAUCCUCAAUUUGGUCCUGGGGGUGGCGACAAUGAAUCAAUUAAAAAGAUUCUAGAAUCUGGAAAACAUAUUUGUGAAAAACCAGUGGAUGUCAUGUGCCAAGCAGUGCGAUAUCCAGGGAUCCCAUUGUCUGAAUUAGGACAGAAUGUAGUCUGUAAUACGAAGGUUGGACUAAUAUGCCAGAACAAAGAUCAAGGCAUUCCUCCAAUAUGCCUUGACUAUGAAAUUAAGGUGAAGUGUUGCAAGACUGUGAAAUGUCACACUACAACACCAGUCCAAACAACUAAACCUACUGUCACAACAACAACAAUGUCAGCAUCCACAUUACCUACAACAACAAGUAAACCAACAACAAUCACUACUCCUCCAACAUCAACUCUACCUCUAACCACAACUACAACUCCUACCACUACUCCAACACCAAAUACCACAAUCUUAACAUCGACUACACCACCUACCACAUCAACAACAGUUACUCCCAUCACUACUCCUACACCCACUACAAAGACCUCAACAUCGACAGUUACAUCGACAACAAAAACAACAACUCAGACACCCAGCCCUAGUACAACUCUAACCACUACUCCAACAUCAACCUCAACAGGAGUAACACCGACCACAUGCAGUGGUGAAGAAAAAUGUGUGUGGUCAGACUGGAUCAACCUUGGUCAGCCAACGUCUGGCUCUGAAGGUGGAGAUAAUGAAUCCAUUAAGAGCAUCAUUUCUGCUGGUUAUCACAUUUGCUCAGCUCCAGAGGCAGUUGAAUGUAGAGCAAAACAAUACCCUGGACUUCAGAUCUCUCAGCUUGGCCAAGACGUGACUUGCAAUCCAUCCGUUGGACUGAUUUGUCAAAACAAUAUGCAAGGUCUUCAGCAAAAGUGCUUCGACUACGAGAUUCGAGUGAAAUGUUGUCAAUGUGGAACUACAACACACAUCCCAACCACCAAAACAACGACAGGUCCUCACAUCACUACUCCUACACCCACUACUACAACCUCAACAUCGACAGCUCCACCUACAACAAAAACAACAACUCAGACUCCCAGCCCUAGUACAACUCUAACCACUACUCCUACAUCAACCUCAACAGGAGUAACACCGACCACAUGCAGUGGUGAAGAAAAAUGUGUGUGGUCAGACUGGAUCAACCUUGGUCAGCCAACGUCUGGCUCUGAAGGUGGAGAUAAUGAAUCCAUUAAGAGCAUCAUUUCUGCUGGUUAUCACAUUUGCUCAGCUCCAGAGGCAGUUGAAUGUAGAGCAAAACAAUACCCUGGACUUCAGAUCUCGCAGCUUGGCCAAGACGUGACUUGCAAUCCAUCCGUUGGACUGAUUUGUGAAAACAAUAUGCAAGGUCUUCAGCAAAAGUGCUUUGAUUAUGAGAUUCGGGUGAAAUGUUGUCAAUGUGGAACCACAACACACAUCCCAACCACCAACACAACAACGACAGGUCCUCACAUCACUACUCCUACACCCACUACUACAACGUCAACAUCAACAGCUCCACCUACAACAAAAACAACAACUCAGACUCCCAGCCCUAGUACAACUCUAACCACUACUCCUACAUCAACCUCAACAGGAGUAACACCAACCACAUGCAGUGGUGAAGAAAAAUGUGUGUGGUCAGACUGGAUCAACCUUGGUCAGCCAACGUCUGGCUCUGAAGGUGGAGAUAAUGAAUCCAUUAAGAGCAUCAUUUCUGCUGGUUAUCACAUUUGCUCAGCUCCAGAGGCAGUUGAAUGUAGAGCAAAACAAUACCCUGGACUUCAGAUCUCUCAGCUUGGCCAAGACGUGACUUGCAAUCCAUCCGUUGGACUGAUUUGUCAAAACAAUAUGCAAGGUCUUCAGCAAAAGUGCUUCGACUACGAGAUUCGAGUGAAAUGUUGUCAAUGUGGAACUACAACACACAUCCCAACCACCAAAACAACGACAGGUCCUCACAACACUACUCCUACACCCACUACUACAACCUCAACAUCGACAGCUCCACCUACAACAAAAACAACAACUCAGACUCCCAGCCCUAGUACAACUCUAACCACUACUCCUACAUCAACCUCAACAGGAGUAACACCGACCACAUGCAGUGGUGAAGAAAAAUGUGUGUGGUCAGACUGGAUCAACCUUGGUCAGCCAACGUCUGGCUCUGAAGGUGGAGAUAAUGAAUCCAUUAAGAGCAUCAUUUCUGCUGGUUAUCACAUUUGCUCAGCUCCAGAGGCAGUUGAAUGUAGAGCAAAACAAUACCCUGGACUUCAGAUCUCGCAGCUUGGCCAAGACGUGACUUGCAAUCCAUCCGUUGGACUGAUUUGUGAAAACAAUAUGCAAGGUCUUCAGCAAAAGUGCUUUGAUUAUGAGAUUCGGGUGAAAUGUUGUCAAUGUGGAACCACAACACACAUCCCAACCACCACCACAACAACGACAGGUCCUCACAUCACUACUCCUACACCCACUACUACAACGUCAACAUCAACAGCUCCACCUACAACAAAAACAACAACUCAGACUCCCAGCCCUAGUACAACUCUAACCACUACUCCUACAUCAACCUCAGCAGGAGUAACACCAACCACAUGCAGUGGUGAAGAAAAAUGUGUGUGGUCAGACUGGAUCAACCUUGGUCAGCCAACGUCUGGCUCUGAAGGUGGAGAUAAUGAAUCCAUUAAGAGCAUCAUUUCUGCUGGUUAUCACAUUUGCUCAGCUCCAGAGGCAGUUGAAUGUAGAGCAAAACAAUACCCUGGACUUCAGAUCUCGCAGCUUGGCCAAGACGUGACUUGCAAUCCAUCCGUUGGACUGAUUUGUGAAAACAAUAUGCAAGGUCUUCAGCAAAAGUGCUUUGAUUAUGAGAUUCGGGUGAAAUGUUGUCGAUGUGUAACCACAACACACAUCCCAACCACCACCACAACAACGACAGGUCCUCACAUCACUACUCCUACACCCACUACUUCAACCUCAACAUCGACAGCUCCACCUACAACAAAAACAACAACUCAGACACCCAGCCCUAGUACAACUCCAACCACUACUCCUACAUCAACCUCAACAGGAGUAACACCGACCACAUGCAGUGGUGAAGAAAAAUGUGUGUGGUCAGACUGGAUCAACCUUGGUCAGCCAACGUCUGGCUCUGAAGGUGGAGAUAAUGAAUCCAUUAAGAGCAUCAUUUCUGCUGGUUAUCACAUUUGCUCAGCUCCAGAGGCAGUUGAAUGUAGAGCAAAACAAUACCCUGGACUUCAGAUCUCGCAGCUUGGCCAAGACGUGACUUGCAAUCCAUCCGUUGGACUGAUUUGUGAAAACAAUAUGCAAGGUCUUCAGCAAAAGUGCUUUGAUUAUGAGAUUCGGGUGAAAUGUUGUCAAUGUGUAACCACAACACACAUCCCAACCACCACCACAACAACGACAGGUCCUCACAUCACUACUCCUACACCCACUACUACAACCUCAACAUCGACAGCUCCACCUACAACAAAAACAACAACUCAGACUCCCAGCCCUAGUACAACUCUAACCACUACUCCUACAUCAACCUCAACAGGAGUAACACCAACCACAUGCAGUGGUGAAGAAAAAUGUGUGUGGUCAGACUGGAUCAACCUUGGUCAGCCAACGUCUGGCUCUGAAGGUGGAGAUAAUGAAUCCAUUAAGAGCAUAAUUUCUGCUGGUUAUCACAUUUGCUCAGCUCCAGAGGCAGUUGAAUGUAGAGCAAAACAAUACCCUGGACUUCAGAUCUCGCAGCUUGGCCAAGACGUGACUUGCAAUCCAUCCGUUGGACUGAUUUGUGAAAACAAUAUGCAAGGUCUUCAGCAAAAGUGCUUUGAUUAUGAGAUUCGGGUGAAAUGUUGUCAAUGUGGAACCACAACACACAUCCCAACCACCAACACAACAACGACAGGUCCUCACAUCACUACUCCUACACCCACUACUACAACGUCAACAUCAACAGCUCCACCUACAACAAAAACAACAACUCAGACUCCCAGCCCUAGUACAACUCUAACCACUACUCCUACAUCAACCUCAACAGGAGUAACACCAACCACAUGCAGUGGUGAAGAAAAAUGUGUGUGGUCAGACUGGAUCAACCUUGGUCAGCCAACGUCUGGCUCUGAAGGUGGAGAUAAUGAAUCCAUUAAGAGCAUCAUUUCUGCUGGUUAUCACAUUUGCUCAGCUCCAGAGGCAGUUGAAUGUAGAGCAAAACAAUACCCUGGACUUCAGAUCUCGCAGCUUGGCCAAGACGUGACUUGCAAUCCAUCCGUUGGACUGAUUUGUGAAAACAAUAUGCAAGGUCUUGAGCAAAAGUGCUUUGAUUAUGAGAUUCGGGUGAAAUGUUGUCAAUGUGGAACCACAACACACAUCCCAACCACCACCACAACAACGACAGGUCCUCACAUCACUACUCCUACACCCACUACUACAACGUCAACAUCAACAGCUCCACCUACAACAAAAACAACAACUCAGACUCCCAGCCCUAGUACAACUCUAACCACUACUCCUACAUCAACCUCAACAGGAGUAACACCAACCACAUGCAGUGGUGAAGAAAAAUGUGUGUGGUCAGACUGGAUCAACCUUGGUCAGCCAACGUCUGGCUCUGAAGGUGGAGAUAAUGAAUCCAUUAAGAGCAUCAUUUCUGCUGGUUAUCACAUUUGCUCAGCUCCAGAGGCAGUUGAAUGUAGAGCAAAACAAUACCCUGGACUUCAGAUCUCUCAGCUUGGCCAAGACGUGACUUGCAAUCCAUCCGUUGGACUGAUUUGUCAAAACAAUAUGCAAGGUCUUCAGCAAAAGUGCUUCGACUACGAGAUUCGAGUGAAAUGUUGUCAAUGUGGAACUACAACACACAUCCCAACCACCAAAACAACGACAGGUCCUCACAUCACUACUCCUACACCCACUACUACAACCUCAACAUCGACAGCUCCACCUACAACAAAAACAACAACUCAGACUCCCAGCCCUAGUACAACUCUAACCACUACUCCUACAUCAACCUCAACAGGAGUAACACCGACCACAUGCAGUGGUGAAGAAAAAUGUGUGUGGUCAGACUGGAUCAACCUUGGUCAGCCAACGUCUGGCUCUGAAGGUGGAGAUAAUGAAUCCAUUAAGAGCAUAAUUUCUGCUGGUUAUCACAUUUGCUCAGCUCCAGAGGCAGUUGAAUGUAGAGCAAAACAAUACCCUGGACUUCAGAUCUCGCAGCUUGGCCAAGACGUGACUUGCAAUCCAUCCGUUGGACUGAUUUGUGAAAACAAUAUGCAAGGUCUUCAGCAAAAGUGCUUUGAUUAUGAGAUUCGGGUGAAAUGUUGUCAAUGUGGAACCACAACACACAUCCCAACCACCACCACAACAACGACAGGUCCUCACAUCACUACUCCUACACCCACUACUACAACGUCAACAUCAACAGCUCCACCUACAACAAAAACAACAACUCAGACUCCCAGCCCUAGUACAACUCUAACCACUACUCCUACAUCAACCUCAGCAGGAGUAACACCAACCACAUGCAGUGGUGAAGAAAAAUGUGUGUGGUCAGACUGGAUCAACCUUGGUCAGCCAACGUCUGGCUCUGAAGGUGGAGAUAAUGAAUCCAUUAAGAGCAUCAUUUCUGCUGGUUAUCACAUUUGCUCAGCUCCAGAGGCAGUUGAAUGUAGAGCAAAACAAUACCCUGGACUUCAGAUCUCGCAGCUUGGCCAAGACGUGACUUGCAAUCCAUCCGUUGGACUGAUUUGUGAAAACAAUAUGCAAGGUCUUCAGCAAAAGUGCUUUGAUUAUGAGAUUCGGGUGAAAUGUUGUCAAUGUGGAACCACAACACACAUCCCAACCACCACCACAACAACGACAGGUCCUCACAUCACUACUCCUACACCCACUACUACAACGUCAACAUCAACAGCUCCACCUACAACAAAAACAACAACUCAGACACCCAGCCCUAGUACAACUCCAACCACUACUCCUACAUCAACCUCAACAGGAGUAACACCGACCACAUGCAGUGGUGAAGAAAAAUGUGUGUGGUCAGACUGGAUCAACCUUGGUCAGCCAACGUCUGGCUCUGAAGGUGGAGAUAAUGAAUCCAUUAAGAGCAUCAUUUCUGCUGGUUAUCACAUUUGCUCAGCUCCAGAGGCAGUUGAAUGUAGAGCAAAACAAUACCCUGGACUUCAGAUCUCGCAGCUUGGCCAAGACGUGACUUGCAAUCCAUCCGUUGGACUGAUUUGUCAAAACAAUAUGCAAGGUCUUCAGCAAAAGUGCUUCGACUACGAGAUUCGAGUGAAAUGUUGUCAAUGUGGAACUACAACACACAUCCCAACCACCAAAACAACGACAGGUCCUCACAUCACUACUCCUACACCCACUACUACAACCUCAACAUCGACAGCUCCACCUACAACAAAAACAACAACUCAGACUCCCAGCCCUAGUACAACUCUAACCACUACUCCUACAUCAACCUCAACAGGAGUAACACCGACCACAUGCAGUGGUGAAGAAAAAUGUGUGUGGUCAGACUGGAUCAACCUUGGUCAGCCAACGUCUGGCUCUGAAGGUGGAGAUAAUGAAUCCAUUAAGAGCAUAAUUUCUGCUGGUUAUCACAUUUGCUCAGCUCCAGAGGCAGUUGAAUGUAGAGCAAAACAAUACCCUGGACUUCAGAUCUCGCAGCUUGGCCAAGACGUGACUUGCAAUCCAUCCGUUGGACUGAUUUGUGAAAACAAUAUGCAAGGUCUUCAGCAAAAGUGCUUUGAUUAUGAGAUUCGGGUGAAAUGUUGUCAAUGUGGAACCACAACACACAUCCCAACCACCACCACAACAACGACAGGUCCUCACAUCACUACUCCUACACCCACUACUACAACCUCAACAUCGACAGCUCCACCUACAACAAAAACAACAACUCAGACUCCCAGCCCUAGUACAACUCUAACCACUACUCCUACAUCAACCUCAACAGGAGUAACACCGACCACAUGCAGUGGUGAAGAAAAAUGUGUGUGGUCAGACUGGAUCAACCUUGGUCAGCCAACGUCUGGCUCUGAAGGUGGAGAUAAUGAAUCCAUUAAGAGCAUAAUUUCUGCUGGUUAUCACAUUUGCUCAGCUCCAGAGGCAGUUGAAUGUAGAGCAAAACAAUACCCUGGACUUCAGAUCUCGCAGCUUGGCCAAGACGUGACUUGCAAUCCAUCCGUUGGACUGAUUUGUGAAAACAAUAUGCAAGGUCUUCAGCAAAAGUGCUUUGAUUAUGAGAUUCGGGUGAAAUGUUGUCAAUGUGGAACCACAACACACAUCCCAACCACCAACACAACAACGACAGGUCCUCACAUCACUACUCCUACACCCACUACUACAACGUCAACAUCAACAGCUCCACCUACAACAAAAACAACAACUCAGACUCCCAGCCCUAGUACAACUCUAACCACUACUCCUACAUCAACCUCAACAGGAGUAACACCAACCACAUGCAGUGGUGAAGAAAAAUGUGUGUGGUCAGACUGGAUCAACCUUGGUCAGCCAACGUCUGGCUCUGAAGGUGGAGAUAAUGAAUCCAUUAAGAGCAUCAUUUCUGCUGGUUAUCACAUUUGCUCAGCUCCAGAGGCAGUUGAAUGUAGAGCAAAACAAUACCCUGGACUUCAGAUCUCGCAGCUUGGCCAAGACGUGACUUGCAAUCCAUCCGUUGGACUGAUUUGUGAAAACAAUAUGCAAGGUCUUGAGCAAAAGUGCUUUGAUUAUGAGAUUCGGGUGAAAUGUUGUCAAUGUGGAACCACAACACACAUCCCAACCACCACCACAACAACGACAGGUCCUCACAUCACUACUCCUACACCCACUACUACAACGUCAACAUCAACAGCUCCACCUACAACAAAAACAACAACUCAGACUCCCAGCCCUAGUACAACUCUAACCACUACUCCUACAUCAACCUCAACAGGAGUAACACCAACCACAUGCAGUGGUGAAGAAAAAUGUGUGUGGUCAGACUGGAUCAACCUUGGUCAGCCAACGUCUGGCUCUGAAGGUGGAGAUAAUGAAUCCAUUAAGAGCAUCAUUUCUGCUGGUUAUCACAUUUGCUCAGCUCCAGAGGCAGUUGAAUGUAGAGCAAAACAAUACCCUGGACUUCAGAUCUCUCAGCUUGGCCAAGACGUGACUUGCAAUCCAUCCGUUGGACUGAUUUGUCAAAACAAUAUGCAAGGUCUUCAGCAAAAGUGCUUCGACUACGAGAUUCGAGUGAAAUGUUGUCAAUGUGGAACUACAACACACAUCCCAACCACCAAAACAACGACAGGUCCUCACAUCACUACUCCUACACCCACUACUACAACCUCAACAUCGACAGCUCCACCUACAACAAAAACAACAACUCAGACUCCCAGCCCUAGUACAACUCUAACCACUACUCCUACAUCAACCUCAACAGGAGUAACACCGACCACAUGCAGUGGUGAAGAAAAAUGUGUGUGGUCAGACUGGAUCAACCUUGGUCAGCCAACGUCUGGCUCUGAAGGUGGAGAUAAUGAAUCCAUUAAGAGCAUAAUUUCUGCUGGUUAUCACAUUUGCUCAGCUCCAGAGGCAGUUGAAUGUAGAGCAAAACAAUACCCUGGACUUCAGAUCUCGCAGCUUGGCCAAGACGUGACUUGCAAUCCAUCCGUUGGACUGAUUUGUGAAAACAAUAUGCAAGGUCUUCAGCAAAAGUGCUUUGAUUAUGAGAUUCGGGUGAAAUGUUGUCAAUGUGGAACCACAACACACAUCCCAACCACCACCACAACAACGACAGGUCCUCACAUCACUACUCCUACACCCACUACUACAACGUCAACAUCAACAGCUCCACCUACAACAAAAACAACAACUCAGACUCCCAGCCCUAGUACAACUCUAACCACUACUCCUACAUCAACCUCAGCAGGAGUAACACCAACCACAUGCAGUGGUGAAGAAAAAUGUGUGUGGUCAGACUGGAUCAACCUUGGUCAGCCAACGUCUGGCUCUGAAGGUGGAGAUAAUGAAUCCAUUAAGAGCAUCAUUUCUGCUGGUUAUCACAUUUGCUCAGCUCCAGAGGCAGUUGAAUGUAGAGCAAAACAAUACCCUGGACUUCAGAUCUCGCAGCUUGGCCAAGACGUGACUUGCAAUCCAUCCGUUGGACUGAUUUGUGAAAACAAUAUGCAAGGUCUUCAGCAAAAGUGCUUUGAUUAUGAGAUUCGGGUGAAAUGUUGUCAAUGUGGAACCACAACACACAUCCCAACCACCACCACAACAACGACAGGUCCUCACAUCACUACUCCUACACCCACUACUACAACGUCAACAUCAACAGCUCCACCUACAACAAAAACAACAACUCAGACACCCAGCCCUAGUACAACUCCAACCACUACUCCUACAUCAACCUCAACAGGAGUAACACCGACCACAUGCAGUGGUGAAGAAAAAUGUGUGUGGUCAGACUGGAUCAACCUUGGUCAGCCAACGUCUGGCUCUGAAGGUGGAGAUAAUGAAUCCAUUAAGAGCAUCAUUUCUGCUGGUUAUCACAUUUGCUCAGCUCCAGAGGCAGUUGAAUGUAGAGCAAAACAAUACCCUGGACUUCAGAUCUCGCAGCUUGGCCAAGACGUGACUUGCAAUCCAUCCGUUGGACUGAUUUGUCAAAACAAUAUGCAAGGUCUUCAGCAAAAGUGCUUCGACUACGAGAUUCGAGUGAAAUGUUGUCAAUGUGGAACUACAACACACAUCCCAACCACCAAAACAACGACAGGUCCUCACAUCACUACUCCUACACCCACUACUACAACCUCAACAUCGACAGCUCCACCUACAACAAAAACAACAACUCAGACUCCCAGCCCUAGUACAACUCUAACCACUACUCCUACAUCAACCUCAACAGGAGUAACACCGACCACAUGCAGUGGUGAAGAAAAAUGUGUGUGGUCAGACUGGAUCAACCUAGGUCAGCCAACGUCUGGCUCUGAAGGUGGAGAUAAUGAAUCCAUUAAGAGCAUAAUUUCUAAACAAUACCCUGGACUUCAGAUCUCGCAGCUUGGCCAAGACGUGACUUGCAAUCCAUCCGUUGGACUGAUUUGUGAAAACAAUAUGCAAGGUCUUCAGCAAAAGUGCUUUGAUUAUGAGAUUCGGGUGAAAUGUUGUCAAUGUGGAACCACAACACACAUCCCAACCACCAACACAACAACGACAGGUCCUCACAUCACUACUCCUACACCCACUACUACAACGUCAACAUCAACAGCUCCACCUACAACAAAAACAACAACUCAGACUCCCAGCCCUAGUACAACUCUAACCACUACUCCUACAUCAACCUCAACAGGAGUAACACCAACCACAUGCAGUGGUGAAGAAAAAUGUGUGUGGUCAGACUGGAUCAACCUUGGUCAGCCAACGUCUGGCUCUGAAGGUGGAGAUAAUGAAUCCAUUAAGAGCAUCAUUUCUGCUGGUUAUCACAUUUGCUCAGCUCCAGAGGCAGUUGAAUGUAGAGCAAAACAAUACCCUGGACUUCAGAUCUCGCAGCUUGGCCAAGACGUGACUUGCAAUCCAUCCGUUGGACUGAUUUGUGAAAACAAUAUGCAAGGUCUUGAGCAAAAGUGCUUUGAUUAUGAGAUUCGGGUGAAAUGUUGUCAAUGUGGAACCACAACACACAUCCCAACCACCACCACAACAACGACAGGUCCUCACAUCACUACUCCUACACCCACUACUACAACGUCAACAUCAACAGCUCCACCUACAACAAAAACAACAACUCAGACACCCAGCCCUAGUACAACUCCAACCACUACUCCUACAUCAACCUCAACAGGAGUAACACCGACCACAUGCAGUGGUGAAGAAAAAUGUGUGUGGUCAGACUGGAUCAACCUUGGUCAGCCAACGUCUGGCUCUGAAGGUGGAGAUAAUGAAUCCAUUAAGAGCAUCAUUUCUGCUGGUUAUCACAUUUGCUCAGCUCCAGAGGCAGUUGAAUGUAGAGCAAAACAAUAUCCUGGACUUCAGAUCUCUCAGCUUGGCCAAGACGUGACUUGCAAUCCAUCCGUUGGACUGAUUUGUGAAAACAAUAUGCAAGGUCUUCAGCAAAAGUGCUUUGAUUAUGAGAUCCGGGUGAAAUGUUGUCAAUGUGGAACCACAACACACAUCCCAACCACCACCACAACAACGACAGGUCCUCACAUCACUACUCCUACACCCACUACUACAACCUCAACAUCAACAGCUCCACCUACAACAAAAACAACAACUCAGACUCCCAGCCCUAGUACAACUCUAACCACUACUCCUACAUCAACCUCAACAGGAGUAACACCGACCACAUGCAGUGGUGAAGAAAAAUGUGUGUGGUCAGACUGGAUCAACCUUGGUCAGCCAACGUCUGGCUCUGAAGGUGGAGAUAAUGAAUCCAUUAAGAACAUCAUUUCUGCUGGUUAUCACAUUUGCUCAGCUCCAGAGGCAGUUGAAUGUAGAGCAAAACAAUACCCUGGACUUCAGAUCUCGCAGCUUGGCCAAGACGUGACUUGCAAUCCAUCCGUUGGACUGAUUUGUGAAAACAAUAUGCAAGGUCUUCAGCAAAAGUGCUUUGAUUAUGAGAUUCGGGUGAAAUGUUGUCAAUGUGGAACCACAACACACAUCCCAACCACCACCACAACAACGAUAGGUCCUCACAUCACUACUCCUACACCCACUACUACAACGUCAACAUCGACAGCUCCACCUACAACAAAAACAACAACUCAGACUCCCAGCCCUAGUACAACUCUAACCACUACUCCUACAUCAACCUCAACAGGAGUAACACCGACCACAUGCAGUGGUGAAGAAAAAUGUGUGUGGUCAGACUGGAUCAACCUUGGUCAGCCAACGUCUGGCUCUGAAGGUGGAGAUAAUGAAUCCAUUAAGAGCAUCAUUUCUGCUGGUUAUCACAUUUGCUCAGCUCCAGAGGCAGUUGAAUGUAGAGCAAAACAAUACCCUGGACUUCAGAUCUCGCAGCUUGGCCAAGACGUGACUUGCAAUCCAUCCGUUGGACUGAUUUGUGAAAACAAUAUGCAAGGUCUUCAGCAAAAGUGCUUUGAUUAUGAGAUUCGGGUGAAAUGUUGUCAAUGUGGAACCACAACACACAUCCCAACCACCAAAACAACGACAGGUCCUUACAUCACUACUCCUACACCCACUACUACAACCUCAACAUCGACAGCUCCACCUACAACAAAAACAACAACUCAGACACCCAGCCCUAGUACAACUCCAACCACUACUCCUACAUCAACAGGAGUAACACCGAUCCAAUGCAGUGGUGAAGAAAAAUGUGUGUGGUCAGACUGGAUCAACCUUGGUCAGCCAACGUCUGGCUCUGAAGGUGGAGAUAAUGAAUCCAUUAAGAGCAUCAUUUCUGCUGGUUAUCACAUUUGCUCAGCUCCAGAGGCAGUUGAAUGUAGAGCAAAACAAUACCCUGGACUUCAGAUCUCUCAGCUUGGCCAAGACGUGACUUGCAAUCCAUCCGUUGGACUGAUUUGUCAAAACAAUAUGCAAGGUCUUCAGCAAAAGUGCUUCGACUACGAGAUUCGAGUGAAAUGUUGUCAAUGUGGAACCACAACACACAUCCCAACCACCACCACAACAACGACAGGUCCUCACAUCACUACUCCUACACCCACUACUACAACCUCAACGUCAACAGUUCCAUCUUCAACAAAAACAACAACUCUGCCUCCCACCACUACUAUUAUUACUACAACUCCUUUUUUUGUAAUAACUGGUGAAACAGCGAAACCAUCGAUUCCAGUCACAUUACCCAAUACUCAUUGUUCUUUUUGCCAUUUCAAUCAUACUGAUUUCCUCAUUGGCUCAAUUGUUUAUAAUGUCUCUGACCAUGAUGGAUGGUGCUACAUUGGUCUCUGCAACAAGACUUGUGAAAUAGAAACACAUUUGACCAGCUGUGGUACAUCAACUACCCCAGUUACUCCUACUUCACCAACCACUUCACAGCCCCCAACAAUAACAGUUCCACAUGUAACAUAUCCAACUGAGAAGAACUGUGACCAUGAGCAUCCUCCAAGACAGAACGGUGACAGCUGGAAACAUAACCAAUGCACCAACGGAACAUGCGCCAACGGGAAAGUUAGUUAUGAGCAUGUACAUUGUGAGACUCCGAAGCCUAUAACAUGUGAAAAUAACUAUCCUCCGAUCCAAGUGUUUGACGAAUCUGGAUGCUGUUUCCACUAUGAGUGUCAAUGUAUCUGCUAUGGUUGGGGAGACCCUCACUAUGUCACCUUUGAUGGAACAUACUAUGGCUUCCAAGGAAAUUGUUCUUACGUCUUGGUCAAAGAAAUCCUGCCAAAGUACAACUUCAGUGUUGUAAUCGACAAUUACUAUUGUGAUGCCCCAGAUGGACUUUCCUGUCCUCAGUCUCUGACAAUUUAUUAUCAAUCUUACAAGAUAUUCAUGACCAAGAAGGACGUUGAUGGAGUUUUCACAAGUCUGAUUUAUGUAAACCAGAAACGCAUCAUCCCAGCAUAUGAGACCAAGGACUUCCGCAUCACAGACAACGGAAUUGAGACCCUUUUAGUCAUACCAGCAAUUAAUGCCAAGGUGUCAUUCACUGGUCUUAUGUUUAGCAUAUACCUGCCCUGGGACAAGUUCAGUGGCAACACUGAGGGACAGUGUGGUACAUGUGACAACAACCGGACAGAUGACUGCCGCUUGCCAAAUGGGACUAUCGAUUCAUCUUGUCCUGACAUGGCACACCAAUGGCAUGUUGCUGACCACAAUAACAGUCAGUGCACACCACCACCACCAGAGCCGACACCACCACCAGGCUGUGAUCCACCCAUUUGUCAUCUCAUUCAAAGCAAGGUCUUUGAGAGUUGCCAUAAGAUAAUCCCCUACGAGCCAUUCCUUGUGGCAUGUAUCUUUGAUGUGUGUUAUAUGGAUGAUGUUACCAUUGGCUGCACCAGCUUGCAGACCUAUGCUGAUGCAUGUGCACAAGCAGGAGUCUGUAUUGAGUGGAGAAAUUAUACAAAUGGACAAUGUGACUUCACAUGUGAGAAACCCAAGGUUUAUAAAGCCUGCGGUCCACAAGUUGAACCAACCUGUAAUGCCUGGUACAAUUUCAAAUUCAUCCAGACUCAAAAUGAGUUCAGUGUCAUGGGAGAUAUACAAUUGGAGGGAUGUUAUUGUCCCCCUGGGACAACUCUUAUGAGUUCCAGCUCAAACUACUGUAUCCCCAGCUGUGAUAUUUGCCCAUUGCCAAAUGGAGAAUGGAAAGAGGCUAAUGAGACCUGGGUGAGCAACUGCCAGGAGUGUGUGUGUGACCCGUACAGUCUGGAAAUCCAGUGCCAGCCUAUGGCAUGCCAACAUCAGCCUCCUCUCACCUGUGAUCAGGAGGGCCAAGUUAAGAUCGUAGAAACCGUUGACUGUUGUCAAAAGGACAAAUGCGAGUGUGAUGUCACACGAUGCUCUACUUCCAAGAUAACUUGCCCAGUCGGAUUCGAGACAGAGGCAACUAUGGGAGUCUGCUGCCUAACUUAUCAAUGCGUGCCAAAGGAUGUCUGUGUGUUUAACAACACUGAAUAUCAGCCUGGUGCCAAUGUUCCUGAGGACAAGUGUAAGAAUUGUGUGUGUGGUGACAGUGUAGAUGCCCAAAGCCAUCUACAUAUCAUUGAGUGUCAUCCUACUGAAUGUGACACUCACUGCCAGCAGGGCUAUGAUCAUCAAGCCGUUCCUGGGCAGUGUUGUGGGAAGUGUGUACAGACAAGCUGUGUGGUUAUGCUGCCAGAUAACACCACACACACUAUUCAGCCUGGUUCCAUCUGGAUACCAUCGGGAGACAAGUGUCUCAAAUAUGAGUGCGUAAAGAUUCAGGACCAACUCAUCCCAAUCGAGGCUAAGACUGUGUGCCCUGUCUUCCACCCAGAAGACUGCGUACCCGGAACUGAAGUCAUUGGUCCAGAUGGUUGCUGCCAUGGCUGUAUUCCAAUAACUAAGCCAUGCAACGUGACAAAGAGCAAAGUGUACCUGGACAGCAAUGGCUGCAAGUCUGCAAACACGGUGGAAGUGACAACAUGCAGUGGAUCCUGUGUCACCUACGCCAUGUAUUCUCUUGAGGCCAACAUGAUGGAGCGCUCUUGUACCUGCUGUCGGGAAGAAUCCACCACCAAGAAGGAAGUGGAGAUGAUCUGCCCAGACGGUUCAAAGUUCAACCACUCCUACAUCCACAUCAAUAAAUGUGGCUGCCAGAGGACAGAGUGCGUGACCCCGGAGGAAACCCAGGUCACAAGGUCACGACGCAGGAGAAGAUGAAUGACUCUCCACUACCAUCCCUUUACUGCUUAGAUUAGUUUUCUAUUUAUGUUCAACACGUUCCUGCAAAGUAAUCUGCUAAAAGUAGGAGAAAUCAUUUCAGCUUCUUAUUCAAUUUUUAUUUUAUUUUAGCCAUUCAAAACAAUUAAAUAAAGUUGGCAAUAGGCUGUGCAUAUA